CUUUGAACACACGCACACAUUGAAAUGUAUAGAAAGUAUACAAAUUUUAACACAUCCGAAGCUUAGAGCUUCCAACUAUUGGCAAAUUGAUUAAAUGUCAAUAAUAGCGCAACAACAAAAGCAAGUGCUAACUACAUAAAAGUUAAUACCUACGUCUACGUCCUUUGCACAAAAUACAGCGUACCGACGUGCACACUAACCCGCCAAACAUGCCAGAAACAUCAAAGAAGCAACAGAGCAGUUAUGGUGUGUCAGCAGUUUCCGUACCGAUAACAGAAGCACUACCAGUUCAGAUGCAACCAAGAUUCACAAUGACAGACCCCAGAUUUCGCAUACGACCGCUGCAGCAAGUGGUUUCCGCAUGCACUGGAGCUAUGAUAACCGCGUGCUUUAUGACGCCCUUGGAUGUGAUCAAGACCCGACUGCAAGCGCAACAAUCAGCGCUGUUGUCAAACAAAUGCUUCCUUUACUGUAAUGGCCUUAUGGACCACAUAUGUCCCUGCGGUCCCAAUACUCCCGUGCCUAGAGCCAGCAAUGCAUUUCACAAACCAGCGCCUGUGUCAGCUACACACUUUACCGGCACGAUCGAUGCAUUCAUUAAGAUUAGCCGCUCAGAAGGGAUACGCUCCCUAUGGUCAGGGCUUAGCCCGACGCUCAUCUCUGCACUGCCCUCGACCAUUAUAUACUUUGUGGCCUAUGAACAGUUCAAAGCUCGGUACACCGAACUCCACUAUAAAUACCUGGCAUCAGUUAAAAGUUCACCCUAUGGGCGCGAUAUACCAAUGCUAGUCCCGAUGCUGGCGGGCGUAACAGCACGUAUAUUGGCUGUUACCUUUGUCAGUCCCAUCGAAAUGAUACGCACUAAGAUGCAAUCACAAAAAAUGACACAUGCCGAAAUGCUCAGUUCGGUGCGUCAAGUGGUGCAAGCUCAGGGCGUGUUGGGCUUAUGGCGUGGCCUGCCCCCGACUAUAUUGCGAGAUGUGCCCUUCUCGGGCAUCUAUUGGACCUGCUAUGAGUACCUUAAGAGUCAUUUUAAUGUCGUUGAGCCAACGUUUGGAUUCAGCUUUAUUGCCGGAGCCAUAUCAGGAUCGGUGGCGGCCACAAUUACCACACCGUUCGAUGUCAUCAAGACUCAUGAACAAAUCGAGUUCGGUGAAAAGUUCAUAUUUGCAGAUAAUCCGCCUAAAAAUGUGCCGGCCAACAAAUCCAUGGCAGAGCGCUUGGCGAGUAUUUAUCGUUUGAAUGGCCUGCGCGGCGUAUUCUCUGGACUUGGACCGCGACUGUUCAAGGUAGCGCCGGCUUGUGCGAUUAUGAUAUCAACCUUCGAGUACAGCAAGUCGUUUUUCUAUCAUUACAACGUGGAUCAAUACAAUCUAGCUAUAUUGGCCAGCGGGACUGCGCCAACAUCUGGUGCAAUUGCAACCACAACUCACGACAGAAGUUCUAAGGACAAAUUGGGUUCAGAGUAACGGCAAAGGAUGUAUACAUAUAUGCCUGUAAAUAUGUAGAUUAAUACCAAAGUUGAAACAAAAAAAACCACAAGCUUUUGUAAAUUUGAUGAGUAAAAUAAAAUUCUUGUU